AUGUCGGAGAGUCGUGAGAUGGAGGAGAUGCUGGCGGGUGCGCCGGCGGGGCCGGAGGAGGCCCUCGUUUCUGUGCUCUGCGUAGAGGCGACGGCCAGCACGCAGGAGGCGCUGGAGCGUGCCGUGCAGGCCGGGACCGCCGACGGUGGCCGCCACGCGUGUGCUGCUGCGUCGUCUGAGUCGGCGCUGCGGGCACUGCACAAGCUGUGUGGGACGCGUCUGCGUGUGCCGCCCUCCACGACGGUGCACACGCUGCGCGGCUUCCUGGCGGCGCAGGAGGCGGCGUCGUCGACGGCGUCUGCGGAUGAGUGGUGGUGGCGUGCGAGGGCGAGGUCGACGGACUCGCUGGCGGACGCGCUGUUCUUUGCGGUGCGUGCGCCUGCGCCUGCUGCUGCUGCGAGUGCGGGUGCGGAGCGCGUGGGUGGAGCUUGCACGGUGGCAGAGGCGGCGGCGGAGGAAAGCGAGACACUGGUGGCGCUGCACCCUCACACGACGCUGCACGAGGUGGUGUCGGCCGGCGGUGUGCUGCAGCUGCCUGCGAAGUUGCCCGCUGCACCGGAGACGACGCUGCUGCUGCUGUACGCGCGCGAGCGCUACUUUGGUGACAUGGUUGACGCCUGCAUCUUCGGUUUCUGCGCCGCCAUCGGGGCGUGGAUCGCCCACAUGUGCAUUCGCGAAACGGUGAAAGCUGUCAAUCAACACAAAGACCAAAAGAAGGCGAAGAAGGCUCAGCAAGAGCAGCAAGAGCAGCAGGCGCAGCAGCAGGCGCAGCAGCAGUACUAUCAGUCUCCGCAGCAACCACCACCACCACCGCAACAACAGAGCUAUGACCCCUCGCAACCACCACAGCAAGGAUCAUAUCAAGGCUAUCCACAGGGGAUGCCGCCGGCCCAGCCGCCGUACCAUCAGGGACCCGCAUGGCCCAACUCGUACGGAAGCCCACCUCCCCCGCCUCCGCCUCCGCCUCCGCCUCCGCAGCAGCAACAACAGCAGCCAGCAAACGGGUAUGUGAUAGGCCCACCUACGUCGUAUAGCUACAAUGCAGCACCACCACCGCCUGCUCGCGCCGCGCCGUCCUCACCGACCCCACCGCCGUCCGUCCUCAUACCAGCGCAGCCUCUUUCAGCGUCGUCUCCCCUGUCCGGCUCGUCACCACCUCACGGUCUGCCCCCCGCGCUCUACCCCGCGUCUUUGAAUGACGAUCUCAGAGACGACGACGCCAAGGGCGGGCUGACAUUCAAAGCCGAUCCUGCCCAGACCAAGGAGGUCGCAACGCUGGACAGCCCCACUUGUAAGAAAGCGGUGGAGGACAUUCCUAGCGGUGAGGCAGCGAAGCAUGUGGAGGCGCAGCCUCAGUACGGAUCGCCGAAGCCGAAUGACGACGCACCGGGAUGGAGUUGGAGCCCGCUGAACGCCACCGGCGGGGACGCCGUUUGGAGCCCGGCAAGUGCACAGACAGAUGAGCCACAGCACCGCGAGAACGACACCAAGGCGGGAAACAAGUGA